AUGGCCAACCCCUUAAGAGGAGACGUGGUGAAGCUUUAUAAAAAUCUCUUGUACCUCGGACGGGAAUAUCCAAAAGGCCAGAGUUACUUUAAAGAGAGACUAAAAAAAGCGUUCUUGAAAAACAAGGACGUUACAGAUCCUGAAAAGAUCAAGGAGCUUAUUGGUCGCGGAGAGUUUGUCAUAAAGGAGCUUGAAGCAUUGUACUAUCUUAAAAAGUACAGAGCGAUGAAACAGCGAUAUUACAGCGAAGAACAGAACUCAUGAGAAUCACUUUACGCAAGCAAUCCUGGAGCCAUUCUUGCUGGGUAAAACCAUUAUUUCCAAAUUACUGCCACAAAUGAUGAGUAACUCAUUAUAACUUGUAUGGGUUGAAUGAAUGUAAACACUAUUCUGAAAUUGCCAAUCAAAAAAAAUAUGCAAGUAGGGGUGUUAUACCAUCUAGGCUAUUAUAGCAGAAAAUGAACUGGUUCAUGGCGGCAUUUGUAGUGCGCGAGCCAUGCAAUCUAUCCAAUCAUUCGAGAAAUAAAGCUAAGAUGUCUGAUAUGUUUUAAUAA